CUUUCCCUUUCCCCUUCCCCUUUCCCUUCUCUUUCCCCUCAGAACCCAGCAGGCCUGGGUUCCUUCGAACCCACCCAGGUACUGGGUUCCUUGGGUUGGGUUCGAAGGAACCAGGCGCUGGGUUCGAAGGAACCCAAGCGUUGGGUUCCCUCGAAUCCACACCUGGGUUCUUUGAACCAGCUGGGUUUCAUGGAACCCGACCUUGGGUUCCGUCGAACCCAGGCAUGGGUUCAACGAAACCCAGCACGCCUGGGUUCUUCGAACUAGCUGGGUUCCAUGGAACCCGACCCUGGGUUCCGUCGAACCCAGGCAUGGGUUCAAUGGAACCCAAGCGUGGGUUCGAAGAACCCAGCACGCCUGGGUUCUUCGAACCAGCUGGGUUCCAUGGAACUCGACCCUGGGUUCCGUCGAACCCAGGCAUGGGUUCAAUGGAACCCAAGCGUGGGUUCGAAGAACCCAGCACGCCUAGAAAGCAAGGCAAGGAAGAGGAAGGAAAAAAAAAAGAGCGUUGUUGGGUUCGAUUCAACCCAGGUGCUGGGUUUGUUUGCUCGAGGAAGAAGAUGAUGGCAAAUUCGUAAUUUUGGUGGGCCCCCCUUUUGUUGGGUUGGGCAAAGAUAUGACAUGUCACGUUGCCAUAUUAUUAUUUAUUCAUUUAUAUAACUGACGUGUUUCAAAUGUUUGAUAUGUCAUUAAAUUUUCGUGAAAUAA